AUUAUAAGGCUCGUAAUCUUUAUUUUUCUUUUUUCAACUAACAAUAAGUCAAUAAUGUUACAUUAUUCUCUUCCAUUAGUUUUACAACGGAGCCCAUGUUUUGGUAGGCCAAAUCCAAAACCCGAGGCCUUCUUUAGAAUUCUGUUAGUUAAAAGACAGUUCCUCCGCCCGCAUCCGCAACCCUGGCAAAGCAUAUAUUACUCAUUUACUCUCUCAGCUUUCACAAAUUUCUCACUUCUUUAACUGCCCAGUCAAGUUGCAGCAACAACUGCUGUACCCCCUACUUUCAAAAUAUCUUCCCAACCCCACCAUCCCAGAAUUACAAAAAAAAAAAAAAGACAAUUUCAAGUACCCGUUAAUUCAUUUCCAGAUUCCUUGGUUUCUACUUCCGUUUGGGUAUUGAAAUUUUUUUAUUUUGGAUUAUUGUUGCUGUUGUUGGUGGUUGUGACUUGAGACUGGCACUGAUGGUUGGUGUUAUUUGAUUGUUUCGCCGCAAUAGAAAAAGCAUGGUGACUGUUAAUAGUUUGAUCACUAGUUGGAUCGGUGACCUUCUCGCUUGCAUGGGUGGUUGUUUUGGCUGCUGCACUAAGCCUACACCGGUUAUUGCUGUGGAUGAGCCAUCAAAAGGAUUGAGAAUUCAAGGGCGUGUAGUGAGGAAACCUAGCAUUUCAGAUGAUUUUUGGAGCAACUGUACAUAUGAUUUGGAAAACAGUGCUGUUCAAUCUCAAAUAAGCUUGUCUUCAAUCGGUGCAUCAAAUCCGACUCUAAGUCAAUGCAGUAGCAAUGGUGGUGUAGGCAACCCAUCUGAUUUUGUAAAUCAGGGUUUUAUUGUUUGGAAUCAGACCCGACUCGAAUGGAUGGGAAGUAGUAGGCCUAGGAAUCAUGCUCAACAAAGUAAAGAGCCCAUAUCAAGUUGGAAUGCAACUUAUGAAAGUUUACAAGGGACCAGGAAUCCAUUCCCCCGGCCAAUUCCUCUUUCUCAAAUGAUUGAUUUUCUGGUGGAAGUAUGGGAGCAGGAGGGAUUGUAUGAUUGAAGUCUAUCAGAGAAAGAAAAGAGUUUCUGAUUUUUACUUAAUUAACAAUUGUCCAUCUUUAUAAUUUUGAACACUUAAGAGAAGUUGUAUAUAGCUGUGGGAAAAGGAAGAAACAAGAUGAUCAAAAUACAGUUUUUAUAUCAUUUGUAUAAUUUCAUAAUUGCUAAAGGGUAAAAAAGGUUCUUAAACAAAAAUUUUA